AGAGUUGCUGUUGCUGUUGCUACGUUUGUUUUGGUUUGAUUGAGGUUAUUUAUUUUUAUUUAAUUUAUCACUCCACUCAAAGAGAGAGUAGAGAGUUUCUCUGCCGAAUAACAUUUGACUUAUUACUGUAUAAACUAAAGUCAACUUAACUUUCUGAAGUUCAAAAAUAUUUUAUUCUGUAACCCAAAGAUGGCUUCAACGUUAGAAUCAAUGGUCAGAGUUGAAGAAAGAUUUGUGGAACCUGAAAAGCCGGUGGAUAGAGAAAAGACUUGCCCGUUACUGCUAAGAGUAUUCUGUUGCAAUGGAAGGCACAAUAACUCACAGGAAUACAGGAAUGGCAACGUACCUGCAAAUGAACUCCAAAUUUAUACAUGGAUGGAUGCCACUUUGAGGGAGAUAACAAGCCUGGUGAAAGAAGUCAAUCCAGAAGCAAGGAGAAAAGGAACCAUGUUUGAUUUUGCUUUGGUUUUCCCAAACCCUACCACUCCUGGAUAUCGCUUUAGAGAUGUCGGGACCACGAUUUCUGGCCAGAAAGGGCCUGAUGAUCCAAAAACACUUUCACAGCUAAGAUUCACCAUAGGAGACUACAUGGAUGUUUGCAUCAGUCCGCCCACUCGUAUGAAUCCUCCGAUGAUGAGACGCGGGGGUAUGAUGAGACAAUACUGAAGACUCAUCAAACUUCAUUCAAGUUUGGAAACCACUGUUAACAGUUAAGAGUCCUUGUUUCUUUGUGUAAUUUUGUCUGAUUUUUGUAAGAAUAAAUAGUU